AUCCAUCUUUUAUAUCGCUGCACAAGAUGAAUAUCCUACCAUACACGUAGCGUCGAGCAUGCAGAUUCUGGCUGGCUGGAGGACGGAUCGGUGGAAAUCACCGGGGGGCGAAGAGCCCGUAACGCUACGAGAAGCAGUCCUGCGAGUUAGCGCAGUGUCAUCAGAUCGCUGCUGCCUCUGUGCACUUCAAAAUGGCCAGCGAGAGAAAUCACAGCCUGCCGCCGCACACACGUACUGUUCCUCCAUUCCACACAACGUUACUGCGACACCACCGCUAAAAGACGAGCUGAAACAAGUCCGGGCUGCUUCCUGUGCUUCAACCGUCUCAGGGAGAAAGAAAGCGUCGUCAUAUAAAGCACGGCUGUCCCCUACGAGACUCUGAACAAACGCUUCAGAGCAGCUCAGAAGAACAUCGACCGGGAGACGAGUCACGUGACAAUGGUGGUGGCGGAGCUGGAGAAGACCCUGAGCAGCUUUCCGGUGGUCGACUCCGUGGUGUCACUGCUGGAUGGAGUGGUGGAGAAACUCAGCGCCCUAAAGAGGAAGGCCGCUGAGUCCAUCCAAGCAGAAGACGAGAGCGCCAAGUUGUGUAAGCGUCGCAUUGAGCAUUUGAAGGAGCACAGCAGCGACCAGCCGGCCUCAGUCAACCUGUGGAAGAAGAAACGCAUGGACCGCAUGAUGGUGGAGCAUCUGCUUCGCUGCGGUUAUUACAACACAGCUGUUAAACUGGCCAGACAGAGUGGUAUAGAGGAUCUAGUGAACAUUGAGAUGUUCCUCACAGCUAAAGAGGUGGAGGAAUCUCUGGAGAGGCAGGAGACGGCCACCUGCCUAGCCUGGUGCCACGACAACAAGUCUCGCCUCCGCAAGAUGAAGAGUUGUCUUGAGUUCAGUCUGAGAAUCCAGGAGUUCAUUGAGCUCAUCAGGCAAAAUAAACGCAUGGAUGCAGUCAGACAUGCAAGGAAACACUUCAGCCAAGCAGAGGGUGGACAGUUGGAUGAAGUUCGGCAGGUGAUGGGGAUGCUGGCCUUCCCAUCAGAUACACACAUCUCCCCAUACAAGGAUCUUUUGGAUCCAGCCCGCUGGAAGAUGCUGAUCCAGCAGUUCCGAUAUGACAACUACAGACUGCACCAGCUUGGAAAUAACUCUGUCUUCACUAUCACCCUUCAGGCUGGUCUGUCUGCCAUCAAGACACCUCAGUGCUACAAGGAGGAUGGUACAUCUAAGAACCCAGACUGCCCAGUGUGCAGUAAAUCUCUAAACAAGUUGGCCCAGCCAUUACCCAUGGCCCACUGUGCCAAUUCCAGACUAGUCUGUAAGAUCUCUGGGGAGGUCAUGAAUGAAAACAACCCUCCAAUGAUGCUUCCUAAUGGAUAUGUCUAUGGCUACAACUCCCUUCUGUCCAUCCGCCAAGAUGACAAAGUGGUGUGUCCUAGAACCAAAGAAGUCUUCAACUUCUCUCAGGCUGAGAAGGUCUACAUCAUGUGAUCACUCAGAUAACCCUGCCUGAGUGCUAAGAUGAUUGAAUACGGCCCGUCAUCCAUCACUUGUGACCUGGCCUACUCAAAGAGCCACCUGUGGAGCUGUGAUCCAGUGCCCUUCUACCUGCCCCCCACCCCCUCACAGACACACCCAAAAUACCCUACAACACCCCCCUCUCAAUACACAACUGACUCCUUUUCACCCACUCUCUCUCAUUUUAUCACAGAAACUGGGCUCCUCUCCUUUCAGACUCUUAUUUUAGAUGUGGCUAGAAGUCGUUUGAUCUGACCCAUUCAAGCACAUGGACUAUCAACAUUGUCAUUAUCUUACAGGCCUUCACUCUGAAGAUUAGACUAGAGAAAAGAACUGAGGGGGUCAAAAAACUGCUAGGUAGAUGUUUGAUUUUACUACAACAAAUAAAAACUUGUUGAGGUUACUUUGCCUUUUACUAGUCGUGUUCCUUUGUUACUUAGAUAACAUGAGGCUGAACUGUGUUAACUCCUUUCAUUAACCAGAUUAACACAUGAGAUCUGGGCCUUUUUAAAAAAAAAAAAACAAACAAACAUGGCUGCCCUGGUCUCAUAGUAGCAUCUUAUUAUGUGAUGCAUGCUGUUGUCCUCUAGCCAUGUGUUUUUUGGUGGGUGGUUGAGGGCAUAUAUGUUAAAUGCUUCCUUUAAACUGCCUAACGUUUUUGCAUUUCACCCCUCCUUGGCUGUGACACCGGAGCCUGAUUGGGCUGCAAUAGGCUCCUUUUCAAAUGUAAAUAUUAGAUAGAAAUUGCUCAUCCUCAUGUAUAAUUUCAGGGGUUUUUGGGGACAAGUAACAACAACAAAGAUUAACCUUCUACGAAGAUUGCUGUGUGAACUGAACAAGUCUUUUCUUGGCUGUUGUUAACCUGAUAUAGCCCAUAGUAUCCUCAAGUUAACUGGUUGUUCAGUAUAACUUAUAAUUUCUGAGGAAGCUGUUCUUUUCUUGAACUUGGUAAGAAUGAUUAUGGUGUAUUUACUACCAUAAUGAAGUUUACACAAUACUCAAACAAGACAACCAUCUGAUGUUUUUUUUAUGAACAAAUUGUCUUCCUUUUUUGUGUGUGAGGUUUGCCAUCUUCAGCCAUUUCCCUUUUUUCCUAAUUUAAAAGAAUGAGUACAUUUUAGUAAAGAUUGGGUAUUUACACUCUAUAGAUAAAGCCCUGGGUGAUUUUAGCUUAUUCAACAUUACCCAAAUAGUUUUAAUUUCAUAACUACUGUAUUUUUCCAACAAUGAACAAUAUAAUAAAGUGAAGGACUGUGCAGA